CGGGACCGAGGCGGCAAGCCGGCCGACGGAGCCGGCGCGGGCGGGCUGCUGAGGUGGCUGUCCCCCGCUCCAAGCUGCGGCUUCCCGGGUCGAGCCCCCAAUGGAGGCCGAAGCCGCAGACGCCCCUCCGGAUCGGGUGGAGGCGGCGCUCAGCUGCUUCUCUUUCAACCAAGAUUGCACAUCCCUAGCGAUUGGAACCAAGGCCGGCUACAAGCUGUUUUCUUUGAGUUCUGUGGAACACCUUGACCAAGUCCAUGGAAGCAAUGAAAUCCCCGACGUGUACAUCGUGGAGCGCCUCUUCUCCAGCAGCCUGGUGGUGGUGGUCAGUCACACAAAACCUCGGCAGAUGAACGUGUACCACUUCAAGAAAGGCACUGAGAUCUGUAACUACAGCUACUCCAGCAACAUUUUGUCCAUACGGCUGAACCGGCAGAGGCUGCUGGUCUGCCUUGAAGAAUCCAUCUAUAUCCACAACAUUAAAGAUAUGAAGCUAUUGAAGACCCUCCUGGACAUCCCCUCAAACCCAACAGGUCUGUGUGCCCUCUCUAUCAACCAUUCCAACUCCUACCUGGCCUAUCCUGGAAGCCAGACUACAGGCGAGAUUGUUCUCUAUGAUGGAAACUCCCUGAAAACAGUGUGCACCAUCGCUGCCCACGAGGGGACUCUGGCCGCCAUCACCUUCGACUCCUCGGGCUCCAAACUAGCAAGUGCAUCUGAGAAAGGCACAGUCAUCCGCGUGUUCUCGGUACCUGACGGGCAAAAACUCUAUGAGUUUCGUCGAGGAAUGAAAAGGUAUGUGACAAUCAGCUCUCUAGUGUUCAGCAUGGACUCACAGUUCCUGUGUGCCUCCAGCAACACGGAGACCGUGCACAUCUUCAAACUGGACCACUUGACUGACAGCCGCCCAGAAGAGCCUUCCACCUGGAGUGGCUACAUGGGAAAGAUGUUCAUGGCAGCUACCAACUACCUCCCCGCCCAGGUGUCGGACAUGAUGAACCAGGACAGGGCUUUCGCCACAGGACGCCUGAACUUCUCUGGGCAGAAGAACAUCUGUACGCUGUCCACGAUCCAGAAACUGCCUAGGCUGCUAGUGGCCUCCUCCGAUGGACACCUUUACAUCUACAAUUUGGACCCUCAGGAUGGAGGGGAAUGCGUCUUAAUCAAAACCCACAGUUUGCUCAGCUCAGGAACAACAGAUGAGAACAAAGAGAACGACCUCAGCCCUUCCUUACCUCCGUCUUACGCAGCGACUGUAGCACGGCCCAGCACUUCUGCAGCCUCCACUAUGCCGGGUUACUCUGAGGAUGGUGGGGCGCUCCGCGGAGAAGUUAUUCCAGAACACGAGUUUGCAACGGGACCAGUGUGUCUUGACGAUGAGAAUGAGUUUCCCCCUAUAAUCUUGUGCCGCGGAAGUCAGAAGGGCAAACCGAAGCAAUCCUGACAAGAAGCGCACCCCAGAAGUCAGGACACCCCCUGUCGGGUGGUUUUGGAGAGAACAAGGACAGUGGAAGACACGGAGUACAAUCAGUUGUGUGAGCAGAGAGGGAAGGGAGGCAGGAAUCCAGGUGCCUCGCUGCCUGAGCCGUAGAACAUGGUUAGGCUCCCCCUACCCGGCCCCCUCAGCCUUGGCUGCCAGUGGGUGAGGAGAACGUUGGAGUCACGUCAUGCUAUUUAAAAUACCUUCAAACCACAGUGUAAAUGCUAACUAACCAUAUUGGUAUAUAACCGGAAUUUUAUAUUAAAAGGGGCGUCCUUGUCAAAUGUAUGCUGUGUUUAAAAAAAAAAUGUACUUAGUGGGAAAUCUCUUUGAAUUGUGUUUCUUGUAUAUUACAGACAUAUAUAGAGAGAAACUAUUUUAGCCAGGCAAAGUAUUUUUGCAGUGAUUGGAAUAAAUCAUUUAUUAUUAAUUACCCUUGAGUCCCAUUCAGGACACUAAUUAAAUAAAAUCAUGGCAAUGCAUUUGUGAGUUGUUUA